AAAGAAAGAGAUUUAGGGUUUCUUUAUUUAAUCAGAAGCAAAGGGGGAAAAUAGAAAACCAGGAAACGAAAGCAGUGAGCGGCAGCUUCUCUUCCUCUGUAUCUCAAAAUGGUUGCUUUUAGGUUUCAUCAGUACCAAGUGGUUGGCAGAGGUCUCCCAACAGAAACAGAUGAGCAUCCCAAGAUUUACCGUAUGAAGCUUUGGGCCACCAACGAAGUCCGUGCAAAAUCCAAAUUUUGGUAUUUUCUGAGGAAGCUGAAGAAGGUGAAGAAAAGUAAUGGACAAGUUUUGGCCAUCAAUGAGAUUUUUGAGAAAAACCCUACUAAGAUAAAGAACUAUGGCAUUUGGUUGCGAUAUCAAAGUCGAACUGGUUAUCACAAUAUGUACAAGGAGUAUCGAGACACAACUCUCAAUGGUGCCGUGGAACAGAUGUACACUGAGAUGGCGUCUCGUCAUAGAGUGAGGUUUCCUUGUAUUCAAAUCAUCAAGACAGCUACCAUCCCAGCGAAACUUUGCAAGAGGGACAACACCAAGCAGUUCCACAACUCCAAGAUCAAAUUCCCACUGGUAGUCAAGAAGGUCAGACCACCAACUAGGAAGCUUAAGACCACUUACAAGGCUACCAGACCCAACUUGUUCAUGUAGUUGUCUUCAUGAUUGGUGGUGGUAGGCUUAAAGCAUGUUGGUAUUGGUUGCUUCACUUAUUUGAUUGAGAGGAGUAAUCAAAUUUUGAACACUUUCUGUUACAGUUUUUUUUUCAUGUUUUGAAGAUUGAGGUUUGAUGA